GUGCGCGUGUGCGUCCGCGUCGAGCAUGGUCCGUGGUAAAGAGAGCAUCACCCAGAGCCAACAUUUGUAACUUCGGGAUCUACUUGCAAAGGCGCUUUUCUUUCUUUUUUUCUGGACGUCUUGGGGAUUUUGUGCGCGUGUUCAAACAUGCCUGUGAGAAGAGGUCACGUUGCGCCACAGAACACCUUCCUGGGGAUGAUCAUUCGGAAAUUCGAGGGUCAAAACCGGAAAUUUGUGAUAGCCAAUGCCCGGGUGGAGAACUGUGCGAUCAUAUACUGCAACGACGGCUUCUGUGAGAUGACGGGCUUCUCAAGACCAGACAUCAUGCAGAAGCCGUGCACCUGUGACUUUUUGCACGGCGACCUGACGGACCAAGAGGCCAUCAGCCAGGUGGCGCAGGCUGUGGUCGGCUCUGAGGAGCGCAAGGUGGAGAUCACCUACUACCGCAAGGAUGAGCACCUGCUGCAGCUCCUCACUGUACCCGCCUCAUGA